AUGCGGAUUGAUGAAGUUUGUGUGAAAAGCGAUUAGCUGCCCUCCCUCGACUGCCUCUCUUACAACAAGAAAUAAUCUCCACCAUUGUUAGUGUCAAUAUCGUAGAGCGUCGAACCAUAUGGAAAGAGGGGAUUUAAUUUCCUUUUAACCCACCCGACUUGUGCUAAUAAUUGGCUGGCGGCGAACAUCAAAGGAGAAAAAUGACAAACUGAUUGGUGGGCGGCGAACUUUAGAAGAUAACGGGCGUGCUAGCGUGACGUCACCGUAGGGUUAUUCAAGAUUUUAUUGGAGAGGUAUUUAGCCUAUUCACUAAGAAUUUAGGCAACGUAUACUCGCGUUUAAUUUUCUUUCUUCAGUUGUUGACGACGUUUAGAAGCGUAGAGUUUAUAACAGUUCGGCUCGUCGAGGAGAAUCAGUCAGAACACCAACCACGUCUCAAUAGUAACUACUCUCGCCUAUAGUACAGUGGAUACUCUACCCAAUUGUCACUAGAACAUAAUCGUAAUACGGAUCCAAGCUUAUAAACAUUGUGCACCGAGGGUAUUGACAUUGGAACUUAUUACAUAACUAUGAGCUUAUAAAGUAUACCUAUUAAGAAAUCCUUAAAGAUGGCCGCAACAGUUGCAUAUCCACAUGGAUUUAGUAUUUAUCAGGAGCCUAUUGAUAUGAUGCAUAGAUCUCCAUUAUCAAUGCUGGCGUCCGGUUGUGGACGAGUUAACAUUCAAGGUCCAGAAAUACAGAAACCACUUCCAUUUUUGCCUAUGCAUGGAAGUUGGCACGGCCACCCUCAACAUCAUUUAAGCCCAUACCAUGAGAUGGUUAACCAGAAAUCAACAAUUCAGCACCCAAUUGCUCUCCCAAGCAAUAACAUGAAUCUGCGAAUCCCUGCCCCAAGAACAUCCCCUGCAUUUAAUUACGAGAUGUACCAGAACAGAAUGAUUCAGCAAAACAUUAUCGCAGCAGGACAAGGUUUCCCACCAAAUUCCAUCCCCAUGUCUGUUGGACCCACAUCUCCUGGGUCAGGUAUCAUUUCUAUGACGCCACUGACCAAGCAACUUUCACCCCCGCCCACUUCGGAAGCAGAUAUACCUUGGUGGAGUGUCCAUUCACCAAACCAGGCCCAAGAUAGAUUUCCGAUUUCAACAAAUUUAGUCUUUAACCAGAACUCCCCAGGUGAUCUUCAUCUUGCAAGCGUUAUUCACGGAUUAAAAUCUACGAUAGCCCCAACGAGACGAUGUCGUAGAUGUCGUUGUCCAAAUUGCCAGAACGCAACAAAUUCUGGUAAUCCGUCUAAACGGAAGCAACAUAUUUGUCAUAUUCCCGGCUGUGGCAAAGUUUAUGGGAAAACGUCCCAUCUAAAGGCUCAUCUUCGCUGGCACAGUGGUGAACGACCGUUUGUGUGCAACUGGUUAUUUUGUGGAAAAAGCUUCACCCGUUCUGAUGAACUUCAAAGACAUCUUCGGACACAUACAGGAGAAAAACGAUUCGCAUGUCAAGAAUGCGGUAAACGGUUCAUGAGGAGUGAUCAUUUAAGUAAACAUGUGAAAACUCACGACGGAAAACGUGCUGCAAGUGUGAAAUCCUCUGCGAGUGACGACGAUUCUGGUCACAUGACUGACGACGAAGAUGUCGAUGUUGAUGUCGAAUCAGAUAUUUCAGAUGAUAUUGAUUUAGAAAAAUUGGACAACGAGGAGAAUUAAAUGGAAUUCGAAACGUGAAAAUGACGCUGAUUUCGAACUUGUAUUAAGUAAUUUGUACAAGGAAGAGAACUGAAUUUUAAAGUGAAAAUAACAGCGAAAACGUGUUAUUAAAAUACGAUGAUAUUUCCGUUUCAUGUACAUGUAUUAUGCCUUUCUCGAAUAGUGAAUACACUAUACAGCAUAAUACUAUGAAGAGACAAACCAUUCAGAUGUCAGAUAACGAACGCCUUUUCUGUAUUACGGGUUUUGAUUGGUAGGUUGAUUUGCAGUCGACCAAUCACAAUCUAUUCGUUACUGGACGCGCUCUUUAAAGAACAACUGAAAAAUACUGAAAUAUUAAUCUGGUUUUAAAUAGUCUGAUUUACACAAUCAUGAAAACUAUACUGAAAUGGAUAAAUGGUUUAAUAACAAGGAAUUUGUAAUAGAACCAGUGAUUCGAAUCGAAGAGAGACAGUUUGAUUGCCUGGACAAUUUUCACAAAGAUUUCAAUAUUGUAUCUUCAGUGAAUAGAUAUCUCCAAAGUGCUGAAUUGUUAUUUUUUGCUUUUUGUUAUGAAUGAAAUAUUUUAAAA